UUAUAUUGAAUCAAUUAUACUAAGCUAGCAAAAACCAUUAUUAAGUAGAGAUUGAUGUUACUGACCCAGACCAAUGACCAUGGGCAAAUCUCUUUGGCUCAGCCUUGAGGAGUGAGGGGUGUCCCCACUCCAGGGAGGAAUCUCCACAUACACUCCAAGGAGGGGUGUGAUCCUCUGUUAAAAACUGGAACUGGGCUUUUAUGGUAUAAAGUGUUGGACUGUCAGCCAGAUGUGUCCAGGCCAGCUGUGCCCGCUCUGCAGCUUUGGAUAAGUUGUCAGUACUUUCACUUUUUUGUUCCUUUAUCAGGUGCUUUACCAUCUGCUACAUAUUCACCUCACUCUCAGGGUGUUCAGCUCUGGGAUUGAUGAGUAAGGCUGGUUUCAGCAUUGUUCAUCCCCUUCUCCAUUCCCCACUGAGAGCUAUGCAAGUAGGGCUGUCUCAGCCUGAGCCAGCUCCCUGUACUGCAGCAACGAGCCUUCCCCGGGAUCCUGGAGGGACCCACGGCAGGGAGACUUCUGCUGAAGAGCAGCACAGAUUGGACAUGAUCUCUCCUAGUGCUUCCCUGCAAUGUCUCUCUGAAACAGAAUGCACUGAGAAACAAGUCUCAGGUCUGCUCUGAUUCUCUGUGCACGGGCAGUUUAUUUGUUUAACACAGUGUGCUGCCAAGCAUGUUCUCCAGCAGAGCUGUCUGGGACCCCAGAGCAGCUUGGCUUGGCUGUGCAGCACAGACAUAUUUUCCAUCUGCCUGGCAGGAGCUUCCCAGCACUGCCUCUCCCCACGCUGACGAACUAGGUCAGGCUCUUGCUGCCUUCAACAUGCUGCAGAUCUGGGCUCAGAAUCACCCAUAACUGUGAAUUUCCUGGUCACACUUGGAGUUUCCUGGCAGGACUGCUGUGUGUUCAAGAGUCAUGUCAUCCCUGGCCUGUUUCACACCCAUCCCAAAGCCCUGGUGCCCCAGCGCAGCUGUCAUGGGGCAGGAUAAGCAGAAGAUAAUGGUAUUUUUCUUACCAAUGCCAUUGGUGUCUGAGUAAAACUGCGUGGCUUCCCAGGCCAAUCUGACUGGCACCAUGGCAAAGCUCACAGGAGGUUUUCAUCUGAUUUCAUAAGAAAUCUGAGGCAAGACCUCUGCACCUGCAGUGCCUGGAGCCUUUUGGUCCACACCCAGGCAGGAGAGGCCCUCCACAAGUGCUGGAUUCCUCCAAACCUUAUCAAAACAGGCAAAAAGUGAUGAUUCUUAUUUGACUCACCACCAGAGCUGCCUCAGGGAAAAGCAGCCAUUGGAGCAGUGUCUGGAUCUGUCCCUACUUAUGGCAGCUUUUCUAAAAACAGCCCUUUUCCCAGUGAAAUUUCAGGUGAUGACUCUGUGGGUUUGGGAAGGGGGCUUGCUCUCCUGGAGGUUGUUCAACGGCAGGGAACAUCACAGAGUGUCAGAGAGCUGAGGCACUGGCUCAGCAGGAGCUCUGCAAGAGUAUUGGCACAGCACAAAACCAGCCCUGUGCUUCCUCAGCCAAACAUUCCCACUCCUCCCAUGAGCAUCUGAAUUGGUCCCACCUCACAAAGCAAACUGUGUACAUACUUCAUUUUUACUUUGUAUCCGUUCCCACCAUGUUCCAAAAGCAAGCACAGGGGAAAGCUUAAAAAUAAACCAUAACAGCUCUGAGAAGGAUGAAUUCAGGCAGAGUAAGGAAUGACAAUUCCAGUGUGCUCCUAAUCAGCUAAUAGUCUACACUGAGCAGAAAUUAUUCACUGGCUGGAGAGUUGCAGGGCAGGAUCUGGAGCCCUGCCAUCAAGGACAUGCCUGUCCCAGGCCCUGUGCAGGAUCCUGGCUGGGCCAGAACAGGAAUCCACAAUAAAAAGAUCAGUCUGGUCGAUACCAACCCUGGCAGCAUCCCAGAGCAUCCUGCUUAGGCUUCAGCCACUGCUUCUAGUGUUCCUGCUUUGCCUGAAGCAGUUGCUGGGGGGUUGUAAUAACUUUGCAAGCUUAAAACAAAACCCCAACCCUUUCUCGAAACAGAAGUGUUCCUACCAUGUCAUCUCUAUGACAAAGUCAUGUUUAGUCUUGCACAUCCACCUGAAGAAGUGCUGAAGUACAAGCAGUUUCCUCUCAAAAUUUGCAUUUGCAAAGCUGCUGCUUCAUGACUGUCUUUAAUUCAAACCUGGAGCAACUAGAAAUGAUUUUCCACCCUUAGGACAAGAUUUUCUUCCCUUGCUAAUGCUCCAGGAUAAAGUGCCAAAGUUGUUCCCUAGCUGGAUCUGCAUUACCCAUCCCCUGCUUUCCUGGGCAGCAACUACAUCAGAGAGGGGCAGCAUCAGUCAGAAAUGCUCCAGUCAGCUCCUGAGCCUUUCCUACAAGGCUGAAAGGGUGAGAGAGAGAGGGAAAAGCUCCCCCAGCCUCAAGAGCUUUCCAGCCAUAUGUGUGUAAAAAUUUCUUCCUGUGCCACGUGACCGAGGAAGAGGCGCAGAUCCAUUACACAAUAAUAAAAAUAUGCCUUUGGCAACGUGGAGCCGAAGGAGAGCUGCUGCAGGAAGCUAAAAAUACGCACAAAAAGGAGUAAAACAAUAAUUAAAAGAAGGACAAAAGUCAAUCCUGCCCAGCCCUCGGGACGCUGCUGCAGCAGGACGGGGCCGGGGCUCUGCGUGUGAAAGGGAUUUGCAGCAAAACAUCUGCCUGAGGUGUUGGUUGCCAGCGCCCGUCAAGAUCUCACUGAGAUUAGUCGUGGCUGUGCCAUGAUCUCUGCUGUGCUCCUCCUCUGGACUGUGCCCUGUGUGGCAAACCACAUCCUCGGGGGCUUUGCCAAGAGAGAGCUGCAGGAAGGUCCCCAGCUGGCCUGCAGCCUGCCAGGACCCCCUGGGCCUCCCGGCCCCCCCGGCGUGCCCGGCACUCCAGGGACAGUUGGCAGGAUGGGCUUCCCAGGAAAAGAUGGCAAGGAUGGCAAGGACGGGGAUAAAGGCGAGCACGGCGAUGAAGGUCCACAAGGCAGAACAGGAAACCCUGGCAAGCCAGGACCAAAGGGGAAAGCAGGAGCUAUUGGCAAGGCAGGCCCACGAGGGCCCAAGGGUUUAAAGGGUAAUCCUGGGAAAAACGGGGCACCAGGAAAGAAAGGACCCAAAGGGAACAAGGGCGAGGCUGGGAUGCCAGGACCCUGCACCUGUAAUGCCAACAAAGCCAAAUCUGCCUUCUCUGUGGCAGUCUCCAAGAGCUAUCCAAGGGAAAGGCUGCCCAUCAAAUUUGACAGGAUCCUGAUGAAUGAGGGAGGACAUUACAAUGCUUCCAGUGGGAAAUUCGUGUGCAGCAUCCCAGGUAUUUACUACUUCACCUAUGACAUCACUUUGGCCAACAAACACUUGGCCAUUGGCUUGGUCCACAACGGGCAGUACCGGAUCAAGACUUUUGAUGCCAACACUGGGAACCACGAUGUUGCCUCUGGAUCAACCAUCCUUUCUCUGAAGCAGGAGGAUGAGGUAUGGCUGCAAAUCUUUUACUCAGAACAGAACGGGCUCUUUUAUGAUCCCUACUGGACAGACAGCUUGUUUACUGGAUUCCUGAUAUAUCCCGAUCAAGAUUAUCUCAAUGAAAUAUAGGAUGAGAAAAUGGUCUGGGGUAAAAAGUAGUAAAUAUGUGAGGCCUCAAUCCAGCAAAGUGUGGCCUGUACAUGGACAUGUCUGGGAUUACCAGAGAAUGCCACAGCUUUGGCUCUAACAGCCUGUAUUGGCUAUUUAGAUAUUUACUUGAUGUCAUCAACAAGUCCACAGGGCACCAGGACUUCUUUAAGCAGCCUCAUGAUGAAUCUCUCCAUCUCAAAGCCAUCCGUUACGUUUUCCAUGAUUAUUCCAACAUGCCUUUGACAUGUAACUCAAAUACUGGUGCAGAAUACUUUGAUUAUUACAUUUAUUACAAUAAAGCAUGGAAACCAACAAAACCAAAGCCUAAGCUGGACUGUGCAAGUCUGCUGGUUUGGGCAGAGGUAGUGUUAGUUUUCUUCCCCGUGGCUGGAAUGGGGCUGUGGUUUGGGUUUGGGAUGAACACAGUGAUGAUAAUACAGAGAUGUUUUUGUUAUUGCUGAGCUUACACAGAGCCAAGGCCUUUCCUGCCCCUCAUAAGGCCACGCUGCGGAGGGGACUGGGUGUGAAUGGGAUGUUGGGAGGGGACACACCCGGGACAGGUGAUCCCAGCUGACCAAAGGGAUAUUCCAGACCAUAUGAGAUCAUGCUCAGUGUAUAAAGUGGAGGGAAGAAGGAGGAAAAGGGAGAUAUUUGGGGUGAUUUGUCUUCUCAAAUCAGUGUUAUGUGUGAUGGAAUCCAGCUUUCCUGGUGAUGGCUGAACACUUGCGUGGGAAAGGCUGAAUUAAUUCUUUGGUUUGCUUUGCUUGUGUGCAUGGCUUUUGCUUUACCUAUUAAACUGUUUCUAUCUCAA